AUGGCGGGUCGGAAACCAGACAGCAAGGGCCACGGCGCCGACGGAGUCCCGUGCGAUUUCUGCAGCGACCAGCUUGCCGUUCUCUACUGCCGAGCCGACUCGGCAAAGCUCUGCUUGUUCUGCGACCAGCACGUCCGCUCCGCUAACCUCCUCUCCCGGAAGCACAUCCACUCCCAGAUCUGCGACAACUGCAGCUCCGAGCCGGUCUCCGUCCGUUGCGCCACCGAUAAUCUGGUCCUCUGCCAGGAGUGCGACUAUGACGCUCACGGCAGUUGCUCCUCCUCUCACGACCGCGCUUCCCUCGAUGGCUUCUCCGGCUGCCCCUCUGCGCUCGAGCUCGCCGAGAAUUGGGGCUUCGAUUUCGCUGAGAAGGAGAAGUCGGCGGUGUCGCUGGAGGCUCCAAUUGGCGGCGGAUUGCAGGAUUGGAUGGCGCAAAUCAAAGGUUGGAUGUGCGUUUCACAGGACGGAUUUAGCUUUCCGGAUUUGACAGUUCCCGUUGGCAACGCCGCGAUUUUCAAAGAACAGAGUCGGAGAUGA